AUGAGUAGUGUAGUUAACAAAAGUGGUGUUAGGUUUACUCCUAAGACGAGGCAGCGUCGGCUACUGACAACUGCGAGAACAGUACAGCCUUCAAUAGUUGCGAACGAAGAAAGAUCACAGGCAGACAAGAGUGGUGAUGGUAACGAAAACGAGGACACGGCUGUGGAAACUCGAGAAACAGUCAGUCAAAAUGCGCAUGAUGCGAGCGCUGACGAAGAUGAGGGCGAUGAGGAAGACGAAGAUGAUAACGAUACAUAUGUGGCAGAUACGAAAUUAGGACCUCUAGAAAAGCUCGACGGCACACAUAUUAAUGCAAAACUUAAAGUUCCUUCCACUGUAAGUUCUAGUAGCCGACGUCGACACUCAAGUAGACUGGACUCUCUUGGCGGUGCAACAAGUGCGAAGCCAUUAUUCAAACCAGGAUUCAACGAGCCUUCGAUAGGUAAUGAUGGAAGGAGAUUAUCCACAAUCUCAAAUUCAACGACAAGAAAGGUUAGACUCAGCAGUAUAUCAGAAAAAGAUGUAGCCCUGCAAGCACUAAAACGAAGUAGAAUGUCGGCCAGAACGUCGAUUUCGAAAAAGUCUGGCUCUGCUCAUAGAAUCAGUAUAGUAUCUAGGAUGAGUUCACCUGAUGCAAAUGUGCACACAGCUACGGCAGUACCGAAAUCGGAGGGUAAGAAAGAGUCAUCCGCAGAUCUUUUCCAAAGAACAGAUAGCUUAUAUGAAAAAUACACAAUAAAAAAUCUUCAAGAAAUACCCAAAAAUAUUCAAGACUUCGAUUCUAACCGUUAUACCUUAGAUGAAGAAGAGUUUACGAUGGCGGAGCUAUGUAAACCCAAACUUCCGAUUGGUGAGCCAUCUGAGAAUUUUGAAAGAGCUAAACAGGCUUGUAAAGCCAAGAUCGAGAAGAGGAAACUGCGUCGAGAACUAAGGCACAAGGCCCGAUUGGAGUUUAAGUCUUUAAAGUCUUUGCGUAAGGAGGAACAAGAAAAAGAACUAGAGGAACGUAAAAAGGCAACAGAAAAGCUUCUUAAUAGUGAUGUUCCUGAGAGCCAAGGUUCACAUGCGGCUAUCCAAUUAAAGAUGGGGCCAGAUGGUAAAUUGAUCGUUGACGAAGACUCCACGGUCGUAGAUAGACAUAAAAAUGCCAGUAUGGAAAACGCACAUAAGCAAAAACUUGAUGAGAACCCUUUUGAAAAUUUGUACAACUCAGCUACCUAUGGUAGAAAUGCCUACACUGAUCCAUGGACGACCGAGGAGUUGAUAAAAUUUUACAAAGCAUUAUCUAUGUGGGGGACUGACUUUAAUCUCAUUGCGCAAUUAUUCCCUUACAGAACGAGGAAGCAGGUGAAGGCGAAGUUUGUAAACGAAGAAAGAAAACACACUAUUAUCGUGGAACUGGCGUUACAAUCAAAGCUACCCCCUGACUUUGAGCAGUACUGUAUAGACACGAAGAAAGAAAUUGGUACGGUUUCUGAAUUCAACGAAAGGUUGAAUGAAUUGAAAGUGAAACACGAGGAACAUUUGAGGGCUAUUGAUGCGGCAAAGGCAAAUGCCAAAGAAGAAGAUUUGAAGAGCUUCAAGCUAAGUGAUGGUGAUGAUUCAAAAAAGAAAACUUCCGGUGGUUUCACGAGAGACCAACUGAAAGUCUAUAGAAAGUCUGAAAUCGUAUUGGGAACAAUCGAGGAGAAGAGGAAACAGGCUAUCAAGGAAGCUGAAGAAUAUGCUAUGGGUUAG